AUGAUUAACGAGAAAUAUAAAUAAAACUUGAGUGAUUUCAUUACAAAUGAUUUAGAAAAGGCAUUUGCAAUUAUAAUUUUGAUGAUGAAUACAGUUAUGAUUUUAUGGCAGGCUUCAAAUUUUCAUAAACUAAUUAGAUUCUAUAUCAAAAUCAUGGAUCCAACCCUUUUAAAAAUAAAUACUUUGUUGUUCAUUCUAUGCUUAAUAAGGAUUCAAGCCUAUUCUUACGCAGUUUUAGGAUGUUUCCUAAAGGAUCCUGGAUAAUAGUUAUUUUAGCCCUCUGUAUUCAGAACAUUACAAUCUUCAAGCUUCAUUUUUUACGAUCUAGUUUUGGGAGUCAUAGGAGCAAAAUGGAUUUCAAUAAUGCAGAAGUUCUUCCAAUAUUUUAAGAGUAUUUCUAAUAUUGAAAUGAUUAUUAAUGUAUUCCUAUUUAGUUUUUGGUUUGCAUGCCAAAUAUUUUUGCUUGUGGCUGAAUCUUAUCACUACUCAACAUGGAAUACAGAAAUAGACAAAAUUUAUUCAAUUCUUUAUUUCGUAUACUCAGUUUUAACUUUAAUAAUAUUUGUUUCAGGGUGUGCAUUGUUCAAGAAUCACAUUAAAUAAAUCGAUACCAUAAGCUAAAAGUACAAAAAAUACCUUAAUUAUUCAAUUGUUUUGCUGAUAUUGGGACAAGCAGUGAGACUAGUAUUCUUUUAGCUAAGAAUUUGGUGUACGAGUUUUUUAAUAGAUUUUAAAUAUGGAUUUAACAGUGAAAAUACAAAGGAUACUCUAUUGUGGUCUUUCAUAUCAUUUGGAUUAUAUUUGCUGAGUGAUUACAUACCUACUUCAAUACUGAUAUUGAUAUUUUAUCCGAAUUAACAGAGAUUAAAAUAAAGUUUGGUAGUGGAAUCAGCUGUGGAAAUAGAAUGA